UGUAUUUAAAAUUUUUCAUUAAUGCCGUUUCCACAAAUAAUAUAAAUUAAAUUUUUGUUAAUUUCCAAACAAAAUAUAAACUAUUAACAAUGGCAAACAUGACACUUGUUAAGUUGUGACUAUACAUCAUGUAUAUUAUUAUUAUCGCAAUUGUAUCAACAUAUCUUGGGAUAUCGUUAGGAGUUCCCGUGAGUGAUUUCACAAAAGGCAGCGAUGCUCUCAAAUUCGCUCCUUUGAUAGAUGGGCAUAACGAUCUACCAUUUACUAUCUAUGAAAUAACAAAUAAUGACCUCAAAGAAUUUGAUUUUAAAAGAAAUUUGACUAAUGACCGUAUUUGGGGAAAAGACGCCUGUAAAGAAUGUAUGACCGACCUACCGCGAUUGAGAGCUGGCAAAGUAGGAGCGCAGUUUUGGUCAGCAUAUGUCAGCUGUAAUUCUCAGUACAAAGAUGCAGUGCAGUUAACAUUAAGACAGAUCGACGUUAUCAAAAGAUUGGUGCAGAAAUAUUCUGAUGAGCUCGAAUUUGUGACUGAAGCAGAUAAUAUUGAAAAAGUUUGGAGGAAAGGAAAAAUUGGUUCCAUGAUUGGUGUUGAAGGUGGACAUUCAUUAGAUUCUAGCUUGGCUAUUUUACGGCUCUACUAUGAGCUUGGAGUACGUUAUAUUACGUUGACCCAUACUUGCAACACACCAUGGGCAGAUGGAUCACCUACAAUUAAUAAGCCUGUGAAUAAUUUGACUGACUUUGGAAAGUUAAUUGUUUGGGAGAUGAAUCGACUGGGUAUGUUAAUUGAUUUGUCACAUGUGUCACACAAUGUGAUGUGUGAUGUACUUGCUGUGACCAAAUCUCCAGUUAUUUUUUCUCACUCAUCGGUGUUUGCUCUCUGUAAUCAUCACAGAAAUGUUCCAGAUGACGUUCUGCGACAAGUAAAAUCCAAUAACGGAAUUGUAAUGGUUAAUUUUUACAAUGGAUUUGUGAAUUGUAACAAAUCGAGAAAUUCCACGUUAGACGAUGUCGUUGAUCAUAUAAAUUAUAUUACAAAAUUGAUUGGCGUGGAUCAUGUUGGAAUUGGUGCAGACUAUAACGGAGUGCCUAGUACUCCUGAAGGUCUUGAGGAUGUCUCAAAAUAUCCUGCGCUGUUCGAUCGGCUUUAUGAUAGUAAAAAAGGUGAGCCAGACUGGAACAGAGACGAUUUGGAAAAACUUGCAGGAAGAAAUCUCAUUAGAGUCUUGAAAAAAGUGGAACAAAUUCGUGAUUCUUUGAAAUUAGAAUCGCCUUACGAAGACAUUAUAAAUGUUGAGGAAAUGAAGAUUGCCCAAGAAAGGGAAAAACUCACACCUGGAAUAUGUCAAACGGCAAGAGAGUGGACAUAUUUGAAUAAAUAAGAAUUUUAAGAAUAUUUGAUGUAAUUAAAAAAAUAUUAAAUAAAAUAUAAACACAGGUAUGGGAUAUGAUAAAAUUACACCAAAUUAUUAGUUGCUUUUUCAUCGACUUAUGUAUAAUAAAUGUUACAAUAAAAAAGAAAUUAAUUAUAGUAUUGCAGAAUCAGUUCCAAAU